UCUGCGUACUACGCCCCUCCGGCUCCUGUGAGUGGUGGUGCGCGUGCGCACUGCAAAGACGGGGGUGGCAGUGCCUUUGAGGUAGGGUGCCCGCUUCGCUGAUGGGCUCCGCUCCAAGGGGAUAGCUCCAUGAAUAACUUAAACGACCCCCCAAAUUGGAACAUCCAGCCCAAUCCCAGGGCUGAUGGGGGUGAUGGAAGCAAGUGGAAUUAUGCCCUAUUGGUGCCAAUGCUGGGAUUGGCAGCAUUUCGUUGGAUUUGGUCUAGAGAAUCCCAGAAGGAGAUACAAAAGGCAAGAGAAGCUUAUCUUCAUAGGACAGCUGCUUUCCAACAGGAUCUUGAGGCGAAAUACCGUGCUGUGAUCUCAGAGCACCGGCGUGCCCUGGCUCAGCUGUCUCUGGAACUGGAAAAAGAGCAAAACAGAACAACUAGUUUUCGAGAAGCACUUAUCUCUCAAGGGCGUAAGUUGGCAGAAGAAAAGAAGCUUCUUGAACAGGAACGGGCUCAGAUAAUGCAAGAAAAAAGACAGCUGCAGCCUCUGAGAAGUGUCUAUCUGAACUGCCUGGAAGAAGAGCAUGCCUGGCAGAGGAGAGCUCAGCUUGUGCUGAAGGAGGUGGGAGAGGCUCUUGAGGAACGCCAGAACAUCUACUGUAGCCUGGUUCUGCCCCGUAGCACACGGCUGAAGCUGGAGAAGAGCUUACUGGUGCGUGCGUCUGCUGAUCCAGUGGCUGCUGACCUAGAGAUGGCAGCUGGCUUAUCUGACAUAUUUAGGCAUGAUAAGCAUUGUGGAGAUGUCUGGAACACCAACAAACGCCAAAAUGGGAAGCUCAUGUGGAUGUAUCUCAAAUAUUGGGAACUGCUUGUUGAACUUAAAAAAUUUAAGAAAGUUGAGAAGGUCAUACUAGAAAAAUAAGAAUGAAAUGAAACCAAGGCCAGAAUGGGUCACUUACCAUUACAGUCUGUUAUUUUGGGAUCUCUGAUAUU